AUGCAAGAUAAUAGAUACCAAAAAGCCAUCAAUUUAUUGGGAACAGUAGUAAUGGUGUUAGGAGCAUUUGAAGUACUAUCCUAUCUGGUACCUAUUCUAUUACCUUUAUAUUCGAUAUCAAUCAAACAAUCUAUUUAUCAGAAUUUAUUAUCCAAUAAUCAAAAUCAAACAAAUAUUAGUAAUAAUAAUAAUAAUAAUAAUUUUAAUAGUACAACUUUUACAUUUACACCAUUAUUACCAGUAUCAUCUGAAUUAAAUUAUACAAAUUUAAUUAAUAGUUUAAACUAUACACCAAAUAAUGCAUCAACUGGAAAUAAUAAUACAAUUACAACCAAUUCAACGUCAACCAAUAUAUUGAAUUCAACUACUGUAUACCAUCAAGAUCCAAUUUAUUCACAACAUUUAAAGAUAUAUUAUACAAGUGUAAUAUGUAGUGAAGAGUAUCAACAAAAGUAUAACGAGUCGACUGUUAAAGUCAAUGGCAAGUCAUUACCGAUGAUAAAGUAUUUACCAAGUAUCAAUCUACUCAGGAUUGUCAUGUUGGUCACGUUUUCAGUGGGUGGUCUAUUAGCUGCCAUCAAGUUUUGUUGUUUGAGUAUCGAAACUAAAAGAGACCGUGAUUCAAGUGCCAAAGAGAAUCUACUCUUUUACAGACUAUCACUUGUCAACUCUGUAUUGGUAUUCCUUCUAUUCAGUACAUCCACAAUGUUGGCUGUCAUGUUUAUACCGGCUCUUCAAAAGGAUCUAUCAAAGUACCCUUUAUGUUUCAAUCAUCAUGAAGGUGGUAGUGGUGUUGGUCACUUUAUCAAUUUUUGUAAACAUAUUAAUGGUGUCAAUCGUCAUUAUCCAGGUGUACAAUUAAUUAAAUGGGGUCUAAGUGCAACUGUUUACUAUCAAAUUGGAGUAACACUAUUACAAUUGAUUAAUAUAACAAGACUUUAUUUAAAGAUUGAAAUGACAAAAAUACAAAUAUCAAUGGAACUCUCUGACAAUGAUGACCAAGAAAAGGGGAAAGGAAAAGGGUCAAAAGAUAAAGAUAAAGAUAGCAAAGUCUGGAAAAAAGAUCAAGAAAAGAAAACUAUAGUUCAUCAAAGUGAAAGUGAAAGUGAUAGUGAAGAGGAUGAUGAUGAUGAAGAAUAUAUUAACUAUAAUAAUCAUAAUAAUGAUAAUAUAAAUAAUAGUCUAAGUGUUAUAGAUCAUUUUAGUAAUUCAAAUUCCAACUCUCCUCUAAGAUCAUCACUUGAAUGUAUGUUACCUCCACCACCAGGAUCAUCGAUAUUGAAUCAUUCAAGUAUGAGUAAUAUUGGAAUGAUUGGUUCGAGUAUGAAUGGUAUUGGUGGUAUGACCCCUCUUCCUAUUUCUAGUUUAUCGGCCAGUUGUAGUUGUAUUGGGUCACCAUCAUCAACAAGUCUAACGAAUAGUCCAAGAGUCACUGCCAAAACAAUGCAUAUGACACAUAUUCGUAGAAAUAGUAAUAAUAGUCUAUAUUCUCAAAAUUUGAUUAAUCAAAUUGAUAUUGGCUCAUCCCCAUUACCACCAUUAUCUCCAUCUCCAACACCUCCAUCUCUAUCAAAAUCCAGUCACCAUGUUCGUCGUCACAGUAAUAAUAAUAGUUUAUACUCUCAAAACUUAAUUACAACCAGUACCAAUUCACUGUUACCAACUCCAACAACAAUAACUACUACAACUACAACUACAGCUCUUCCCACUCCUACACCUCUAUCUAAAUCAAAAUCUCAACAUAUACGUAGACACAGUAAUAAUCAUAAUCAUAGUUUAAUCUCUCACAUGAGUAAUACCAAUAAUACAUUACCUCUAACACCAUCACCAUUAUCAUCACCAUCUCCUACAACAUCUACACCUAAAUCUAAAUCAAAUCAUAUUCGUAGACACAGUAAUACCAAUCAAAAUACAAAUAAUAGUUAUAGUUUCUAUACUCAUGGACCAUUAUCAUUAUCAUUAUCUCCCGACCCAUUUUCAGCUCAAAAAAGGUGGUCUCAACAAUAA